AAAUAACGACCUAUACAUGACAUUUUACAUUGUGAUGAUGUCAAGGUCAGGGAGUACGUCGUCACCUUUUACGAUUCAAUUCAGCUUCGCACAACAUGCCUCCAAAAUCGAAGACCAAGGCUGGAAAAGCGCCUGCUCCAACUGCAACAAACCAAACCCCUGUUGCGCGACCAGAUUGGCCAGCCCUUUCACCAGUAUCCCCUCCAUCUGACCUCACAUGCUCGAGUUUGCUCCCAGCCCAGAUUCUGACAAUACCCCGUCUUUUCACUUCCUCCUUGAGCGCGAAGUACGUCUCGUUCUUGCGUUCUUUACCACUUACGACUACUCCUGGACGUCCGAAACGCGGCGAUGCUGUACGCGUCAAUGAUCGUUAUCAGAUUGAUGACCCAGACUUCGCACGUCAUCUGUGGGAGCAGACUGCACUGAAGGAAUUGGUCACUGCCGGAGAGAUCGAUGGAGAGGUACUUGACGACAAGCAACGUCAAAACCUGUUUGGCGGCGAGAUCCUAGGUCUCAAUCCGAACAUCCGAAUCUAUCGAUAUUCGCAAGGUCAAUUCUUCGACCAGCACUACGACGACUCCAACAAUUUGAUGUUUCCCAAGGAGGAUGGUACUACUGUUCCAGCAAAGACAACUUGGACACUUCUGCUUUAUUUGACAUCGUGUGGAGGGGGAGAGACCAUUUUCUACCCCGACCCGCCGUCACGAAAGGCAGCACCCCCACCGCCAGUAGAGGCGAGCCCAGAAGUCGGUCUCGCGUUAUUGCAUCGCCAUGGCAAGGAGUGCAUGGUCCAUGAGGGCGCCGAGGUGACGCAUGGUGAGAAGUGGAUCAUCAGAAGUGACUUGUGCGUCAAGCGAUGAGACCCAUUCUGUUCUCAUUAUGGCCAUCGAGGACCUACACUACAGAGCUGCCAAUCAGACACAAGUCCAUCGGUUGGAGCACGUACUCUAUCACGAUCAGGCGCCGAGACAACUUGGUUAGCGUCCUUAGGAGUUCUUCCCCUUGGCUUGCUGCUCUAGAGAAUGGCCAAGUGCCAUGGUUGAAAGUGGCUACUUCUUCAAGACAUACCACUCGCAGCUGUGAGACGAUACGAGGACCAAUAACACACACAAGGCUCUUGGGACGUUGCUGUCAACUGCAGCCAGAAAAAACAUUCUGGUGAUAUCACCAACAGGUCUGAAGUCGCAGUAAGCAAGUCUUGUUUG